CGUCAGUUUCAUUAUAAUUGUCGACGUGUGGAGUGCUUCGCGCGGAAAUUUUCGCGUUAAUUUGUUGUGUCAGCGCGAAGCGUAACAGUGUUUAGAGCUUCUAUACAAGUGUGUGUAUAUGUAUAAGUGUCACUGCCUGUGCAAAACAACAUAGUGUUAAAUAAAUUGAAUUAACGACAAACAAUUGAAAAGCUAGCAUAAGCAAAAUAUAUUAAUUUAAUAAUAUUUUAUACAUCAGGCACAAUAUACGCGCAAUCAAAAACACCCAAUGCCAAAAAAGAGCUAGCAACAACAACCGAAGACAAAACCCACACACACAUACACACCGAAACACAAAUAUCAAUGCCGUUAUAAAUGUUUUUUUUCCGCAUGCAAAUAAAGGUAUCAGCUUUUGUUUACACUUAAGCGCGCCGGGAGUGCGUACACUGUGUGUGUGUGUGAUUGUGUGCGUGCGUAUGCACAAGUGCUUGCAGUUAUUGUUGUUGUUGUAGCCAAGUGUUUGUGAAUUGCUGCGCUGCAUCCUGUUUCUUUUUUCAUUUCGAAAUUCAUAUCCAAUUGGCAGCAGACACAGCGCCAAGUGAUGCCAGCAGCAGUUAGGACCAUCUCCUGAACGGCUUUACCACCCCACCACCAGAGCCGCUGACACGGGAAGUGGAAGUGAUGUCAUCGCAUUUGCCUGCCGCUGCAGUCGACAAGAAGAAACUUUACUAUAAACGCCGACAUUCUACAAAUAAAGGAGCAGCAACGACAUAGCCGCAUAACAGAAUUAUUCCGAUUGCUCUGGAUUCUAAAGACAACGUGUGGAAAAUGCCUCGGUCGCUUUCCCAUUUACAUUCACAGUUGCAACGGUCGCUGCGGCUGCUGCUGCCGUUGCUGUUGCUCAACAUAUGCUUGCAACACGUCGCUGUCGUCACAGCUGACAACUUGGAGUCAAAAGCACACAUUGGUGACUAUUUUCCUGCCCUUAAUGAGUUUUCAACUCACACUGUGAUACGCCCCCAAGUGCAUCAUGGACGCACUAAGCGCGCCCUGCAGAGCACUCUGGAUGCAUCGGACGGACUGCACGCGCCGCAGUUAACGCUGAAGUACACGCAUCAAGGACAACGCAUCCAAAUCGAACUGCAGCGCAACGAUCGCCUACUGCCCGACGCCCACUUCCUGCGGUACCAGAACGCCAGCAAUCGGGAGGACGGCGCCGCCGGCUACGUGGUGCGCAAUUUUACCAAGACUGACGUUGAUUUAUGUCAUUAUCAGGGACACAUACGUGGCCAGCCGGACUCGAGCGUGGCCCUCUCCACCUGCCACGGCGGCCUCAACGGCGUUGUCUUCGAUGGCCAGCACACGUACUUCAUACACCCACAUGGCAAGGCCAGCGGACGGCUGCAGGAUGACCACUAUCUGCUCAGGCACGCCGAUAUGCUGCAGCAGAAUGCCACCUGUGGCUACGACAGCCACAAAGGCAGUUAUGAAAAUUGGCCCGGCGAGAAUCUGGAGGAGGAUGAGGUGGAACAGCCCACAGUGCCGCAACGCUUGGAUGGCGGGGAAUUCCAGCGCAUGCUGAGACGCAAGAGACGCCAAACGGACGAGAGUCAACUGAUACGUGGACCGUACAAUGCCAACAAGUACUCCAGCUAUGUGGAGCUGGUCAUUGUGGUGGACAACAAGGUGUACAAGCAUUUCGGGGAGAACGCCAAGCGAGUCCAUCAGCAUUGCAAGGAUCUGGCCAACAUUGUGAAUGCCCUCUAUGUACCGCUGAACAUCUUUGUAGCGCUCGUGGGCGUCGUCAUUUGGAACGAGUCGAAUGAGAUUGAAUUCUCCAGCGAUGGCGAUGUGACGCUGCACAACUUCCUCAACUAUCGCAGGUCUAAGCUGGUGGUGGAUCAUCCCAAUGACAAUGCCCAGCUGCUGACCAAGGAGACGUUCAACGGCAGCGUCGUGGGCAAGGCCCUCAAGGGACCCAUCUGCACCUAUGAGUUCUCCGGCGGUGUGAGCGUGCAGCAUAGCCAGGUGUUGGCUGUGGUGGCCACGACCAUGGCCCACGAGAUGGGUCACAAUUUUGGCAUGGAGCACGAUUCGAAUGACUGCCACUGCCCCGACGAGAAGUGCGUGAUGGCCUCGUCCAGUUCGGCCGUGGUGCCGGUGCACUGGAGCAGCUGCAGCAUCGAUCAGCUGACCAUCGCAUUCUCGCGCGGCAUGAACUACUGCCUGCGCAACAAGCCCACGCGCCUGUUCGAUUCGCCGCAGUGCGGCAAUGGCUUCGUGGAGCCCGGCGAGCAGUGCGAUUGCGGGCUGCCCGCCCACUGCGAGAACAGCUGCUGCAAUCCGAUCACCUGCAUGCUGCACACGAAUGCAUCGUGCGCCACUGGCGAGUGCUGCGAUUUAAACACCUGCCGACCCAAGAUGGCGGGCAGCACUUGCCGUCCGGCGGAGAACGAAUGCGACUUACCCGAGUUCUGCACCGGCGAGUCGGAGUACUGCCCGACGGAUGUGUUCCGCCGUGACACCGAGCCCUGUGACGGCAAUCAGGCGUACUGUUUCCUGGGCACAUGCCGCUCCCACACCAACCAGUGCCGCAUCCUGUGGGGACCCACGGGCGACAACUCGGUGCACUGCUACGAGAAGAAUCUGGAGGGCACCCGCCUGGGCAACUGUGGCUACAAUCUGCUCAACCAGACGUUCGUCAAGUGCGCACCACAGCACAUACACUGUGGCAUGCUGCACUGCAACCACCUGAACGAGCGCCUCGAGUUUGGCAUGGAGUCGGCAGCGGUGCUGUCGCACUCCUUCAUCAGUCACGAUCGCAAAAUAGUUGCCUGCCGCACGGCCCUUGUGGAUCUCGGGCUGCAGACCACCGAUCCCGGCCUGACGCCGAACGGCGCCAAGUGUGGCGACCAGAGCAUGUGCGUCAAUCAGCAGUGCCUGCCCCUGGAGCGUGUGCGCAAGAUGGGCAUGGGCGCGCGCUGCCCGGAAGACUGCAACGACAACGGCAUCUGCAACAGCCGCGGCCACUGCCACUGCGACGUGGGAUUCGGCGGCGAGGCGUGCAACAAGGUCGGGCACGGCGGCUCCGUGGACAGCGGCCCAGCCACAGAUCCGAGCAGUGCUCUCAGCCUACAGCGCUUGCUGUACAUCCUGUUCUUCGCGGUGCUGCCGAUAUUGGUCUCCUUCUAUUUGUUCUACCGCUUUGCAAUCCGGAACAAGCUCUUCGCCAGUGGAAAACUAACCGAGAAUAUGUAUGUAUCGUCAUCCACGUCCAGUAGCAGCAGCAGCAGCAACACUAGUUCACCCACAGCCAAUUGUACUACGUCUGCACCGCCACCUACACCAAUAGAACCAAUGCACGUUACCACAUCACCACUACCACCAUUACCACCAGCACCACCACUACCGCCACUUAACCACACACAAACUACUAACACUGCAACAAUUACUAAUAUACACGCCACACUGCCCCGCCUGAAGUCCAGUCCUGGCAUACUCGCUGCAGUGCAUCCGCCUGCGAUGCCAAAGAGCCAGAGCCACUACGAGGCGCUGCAUGCGCCUCAUUUGCGGCGCAAGCUUUCCAAUGCAGCUGUGGCUAGUGCAUCAGUUGCACCGCCCGUGCCACCGCACAAAAACAACACUAACAGCAACAACAACAACAAUGGCAACAGCAACAGUAAUUCAAAUACAAUGCGCCGCAAGCUGGACAUAACGGCGCCGCGUCUGCAUGCCACCACAAAUCCCUUGGCGCUCACCGAGGGCGCCCAAUAUAUAAAAAGCGAGCCCGCGAGCUUGAAGAGCGGGCACAAGCAGCCGUCGACGCGCGCCAAUCAAAAUGGAGCUGGGCCGCCCGCGGGCGGGGCCAAUGGAUUACCGAAAUCGACGCCCAGCAGCACGGAUGACAUGAACUCGGCGCUGCUGAAGUCGCCCAGCGACUCGAGCGAUGCAGCCGCAGUCGGGAAUGCGACUAGUAUGUUUGGCAAAUUCAAGGGAUUCACAUUGCGCCCGCUGAACAGUGCCAGCUCGCCGGCGAGCAACUACAGCGGACCGAAUGUGGCCUUUGUGCAGCCGACGGUGCAGCAGGACGGCAAUGGGGUACCACAGCGUGCGGCACCGCCUCCACCCGUUGUUAAGCCUCUGGCAGAGCAGAGCGCAACAAAGGCGGCCAGCACAUUGCCCAGAGCAGCACCUGCGCUGCCACCGCCGAAUCCCGGCUCGACAGCACGCCCCAUCAUAUCGAAACCCAAGCUGGACUCCAGCACGCUGACCAUGGUGCCGCUGAAGGGCGGCGAUGAGGAUCUGUCGCCCGAGCGGUCGGCGCCCGCUCCACCCGUGCCGCUGCACACGGAUCCCAAACUGAACAUCAAGCGCGACGGCACCAUCCGUCGCUUUGCCUCGUUCCUGAAGAAGGAGGAGAAGCCCCCGCUCAAAGAGAAGACCUACAUUGAUCGCGAGCGGUUGCGCACAUUGGAAAUAUCGGCACCGAUGCCGGCGGCAGUGCCGUUGCCGCUGCAGACAGAGUCCUCCAACUCGGACUCGGAGACAACACCACGCGAGGAGGAGACCAAGAACCUAGUGAAGCGCACCCAGUCGAUGCGUUCGCCCACCAAGAAGACGCAGGUGCAAACGUUUGGUUCGAUGCGUUCGCCUCCCGGUGCAGCCCGGCCCAAGAGUUCUGUGAACACUGCCAACUCCACCGGCACACGGCCCAAGUCCCCGCCACCACGACCCCCGCCGGUGGCCAAGAAAACCAAUUCAACCACCUCGUCGGGCUAUCAGCUGCCGGUGGCUACCGCCCAGACGACGACGGAGAAUAACUACGAUGACUGCGAGUUCGUGGAGUCGCCAAUGCGCGCCUCCAGCGAUGCAAUCUACUCGGUGAUUGACGAGAUUCCGCCGGCAGCGCAAACACUGAAGCGCAGCGAUCUGGUAGCUAGCUUGGCCAGCGCAGGAGGAGGCGACGAUAUGGGUUUGCUGGGUGAGAUUGUCAAUGAGUUCGAGAAACUCAAUGGCGGUGACUCCAUCUACUCAGGAAAGGUAUCAGCAGCAGCUGCUACCACAGCACUAGAUCCGCCAGUGGACGAGCCGGAAGCGCCACGAAGUCCACAGCGUCCGGCACCGCCGCGGCCGGCGGGCAGCAACAGAAACAGCAGCUCGACCAGCGCUGACGAGAAGCCGGCCGUGACACCCACAUAUCUGCGUGCACCUCCCAUCAAUGCGCCCGUGGCGCGUGUGGCGCCUACACGCUCCGACAUCUCACCAUCGCGCGCAUUUUCCAGCUUCAGGCCGGCGCCAGCAAAUGCAGCCAGCAGCAGCAGCAAAACGAAUAGUAACAGCGGCGGCGGUACAAGCAACGCCAGCAGCAGAGCAGCUGCUGUGCAGCCGGCACGUAUCAGCGGAGGAGCGCGCCCCAAGUCCUUUACCAAGACAGCUAAACCACUGCCCAAUGGCGUGGCAGCCGCGCCUUCGGCCACCAUACAGAAGCCUAAGCCGCUCUCGGCGAAGCCUUCGUUCAGCGGCGAAUUGCCGAAGCGUCUGGCUGGCGCAACAUCUGCGACGACAGCGGCCGCACCAACACCACCCACAGUGAAGGCGUCGACGAAUAUAGCGUCGCUGACGCAGCGAUUCGAGCCGCGAAAGUAGUUAGGGGCGAAUUCAAACCUAUGACUUUAUAUGAUGUAAGCUAGGCUAGGCACGAUAAAAUAUCAUUUUUGGCACUGAUUAUCGAAACAGUUGUUGAUAUUCAUUCCUUUUAGCUAUCCCUCUAGCUAGGUCUAAGACGUUGCUUAAUUUACGUGCUUUUUAGUAUCUCAAUGAUGUUAUUUUAAGCCUAAUUUACGAUAUCGUAUUGAUAUGUAGUUAUAUUAUUAUAUAUGCCUACUCACUAAAUUUAAAUGUAUGUAAUAUUGUUUAUAUAACUUUAUAUGCUGUUUGCUUUUGUAAAUAAAAACCAAAGAAGUCCAAUUGUCACAAAAAACGAAAAAAAAAAAAAAAAAAUUCGCUGCUAAUUCAAAGCAAGUAUUCAAUGCAAAAUGGUCCAUGGUACUCUUAACUAUAAUGUUAUAAUGUUGUACAGUUGUAAAGCGCACUUGAGAUAUUUCAAAACGAAUAAAGAACUAUUCAUUGAA